CCAUGGGACCGUCUCAGUGCAGUGUAUAGAGCUGGCAAGCUCUCAAUGCUCCUUGCUGAUGUUCCGGACCCUUGGUGUGUGCAGGAGCCUUCUGUGUGCGCGACUACAGAACGGGCCCCUCCGAGCCAUGGCAGCGCAGGGCAACAACCUCGGUUCCAGUCCCGUAGCGGGUUCCUUGGAUGGAUCUGUGACGGCCGGGAUCAUCAUUAUCGGGGAUGAGAUCUUGAAGGGAUACACCCACGACACCAACUCCUUCUUCAUGUGCAAGAAACUUCGCUCGCUGGGCGUGAAGGUGGCCAAGAUCUCGGUGGUCCCUGACGAGGUGGACGCCAUCGCCGCGGAGAUCUCGGCUUUCUCCCGUGAGUUCACCUAUGUCCUGACGUCAGGAGGGAUCGGCCCCACCCACGACGACGUCACUUUUGAGGCUGUGGCGCAGGCCUUUGGGGAAAAGAUCUUCCCCCACCCGGAGAUGGUGGACCUGGUGAAGAAGUUCUUCGCCAAGACAGACGCCGAGUGUCCCGAGAUGAAGCUGGCCCGCGUCCCCAAAUCCUCGCUCCUCAACUAUGGCGUCGACAAGAAAACGGGCCUCACCUUCAAGUACCCCCUGGUCAGCGUCCGUAACGUCUACAUCUUCCCAGGCAUUCCGUCGUUGAUGGAGCGGGCCUUUGAGGGGCUCGGCCACGUUUUCCGCAACGAGGAGACCCACUUCCACUACCGGGAGAUCUACGUGGACGCGGAGGAGACCCGCCUCGCUCCCAUACUAAACCGGGCUUACGGGCUCUUCAAACGUCACACGAGCCUAGGCUCCUACCCGGAUUGGGUUAGCAACUACUUCCAGGUCAAGCUGACCUUGGACUCUGAGUCAGAGAGUCAUCUGGAGGAGGCCUAUGCUUUCCUGAAGGAGAACCUGCCCGAGGGCACCGUUGUGCCUUUUGUGACAGACCCCAUCUCCCAGGCAGCCAAGGAUGUGUACGGACUCGCUGAGUCAGGUUCUCCUCUGGGCCAGAAGGUGGCGGCAGCGGUCCAGACCAUCGAGGAAGCCCUGCGGCGGUACCCCCUGUCAAAACUCUGCAUCGGGUUCAACGGUGGAAAGGACUGCACAGCUCUCUUGCACCUCUUCCAUGCCGUGGCGCAGAGGCGAUACCCGGAGAGGACAGAGAAGCUGCGGGCGCUGCACAUACGCACCGUCUCCCCGUUUCCCGAGAUGGAGCAGUUCAUCGGACUCACGGCUAAGCGAUAUAACCUCCACGUCUGUGAGGUCCACGGGAAUAUCAAGCAGGCCUUGGCUGACCUGAAGCUGCAGCAUCCCGAGCUGGAGGCUGUGUUGAUGGGCACUCGGCGGACGGAUCCUUAUUCCUGCACCUUGAUGCCCUUCCACAUGACUGACCCCGACUGGCCCCCCUACAUGCGUGUCAACCCUCUCCUGGAUUGGACGUACCGGGAUAUCUGGGAGUUUUUACGCGGCCUGUAUCUUCCCUACUGCAUCCUUUAUGAUAAAGGUUACACCUCACUCGGGAGCAUGAGCAACACGCAGAAGAACCUAGCCCUGCGCUACACGGACGCCCGGGGGCGCGAAUGCUACUGGCCGGCCUACAAACUAGAGAACGAAGAGGACGAACGCACCUCCCGCCUAUGAACCCUUUGGGCCUGCCUUGGUUGCCCCAGCAACUCUGGGUUUUCCCAGAGUACAAUUAGGACGACGCCAGGCCUGUAAGGCCUGAGGUGAAGAGCGCCACUGCCCCUCCAUGGACACAUACUGGAAUGCCAUCCAGCAGCCUGUCUGGCCCCACCGGAAGCCUGUGGGACUGCCCCACAUGAUAGCCAGUAGGUGGUUAGGCAUGCUGCGCCCCUACAUUAAAUAAGCCCAGGGAGCCAAGUUAGUAAAUCCUGUUGAUUCAA